AUGGAUAUCACUGAUGGAGGAUCCAUUGCCGGACCUUCAAACUUGACGCUCGAAGAGAGAAGUACGGAUUUAGAAUUCAUGUCGAUACCUUCUGUUGUAGGACGUGAAGCCGGGGAAAGGGAUCCUCUAUUGUUGAGAAGUAAACUUGUUAGUCAUGAAGAUAUUGAUGGUCUCAAACAUCGGAAAAAAGGAAAGAAACUUGCCAAUUUCUACCAAAAUCAAAAUGAUCAUAUAACCACCGUUCUCAAACCUCUAGACAUCUUAUCAGCAGAAGGAGAACAAGAUAUCAAAGAUAACGCUUUGAAAGUUCGGAUAGCCAUCAACGUGUCUUUCGCUGCUAAUAUUGUUUUGGCUGGAUUACAACUUUACGCAGCUAUUAGUUCUUUGUCUUUAGCUUUGUUUGCAAGUUGUAUUGAUGCUGUUUUUGACCCAUUAGCAAACCUCAUCUUAUGGUUAGCUCAUAGAGCUUCGAAAAAUGCAGAAGAAAAGAAAUGGCCAGCUUCGGGAUCUCGAUUCGAAACUAUUUACGGUUCAAUAAUGGGUGGAGUGAACGUUAUCCUCAUAGUCGAAUCAAUACAGGAAUUCAUCACUCAUUCAGGCGACGAACUACAACAGUUCCAUUUGCCCUCUAUCAUUGCAGUCGGGAUCGCAUUUGUCACUAAGCUAGCUUUAUUUUUAUAUUGCUAUGCCAUUCGAAGCUCUUCAUCUCAAGUUCAAGUUUUGUGGGAAGAUCAUAGGAAUGAUCUUUUGACGAAUGGGUUCGGAAUAUUGACAGCUGCCGGAGGAGCAAAGUUGGCUUGGUGGAUCGACCCCAUGGGAGCUACGAUCAUCGCCGUGUGUAUCAUUGCCGUUUGGACGAGGACUGUUUAUGAACAGUUCACUUUCCUAGGAGGUAUCACCGCCCCACCGGAAUAUCAAAACCUAGUCACUUAUCAAGCUAUGACGUUCUCCUCUGAUAUUCAAAAGAUUGAUACUAUCCGUGUGUAUCAUUGGGGACCUCGAUAUAUUGUCGAAAUCGAUAUCGUGUUAGACCCUCACAUACCAUUAUGGAGAGCACAUGAUAUCUCGCAGGAAUUACAAGACAAGAUUGAAGCUUUGCCUGAUGUAGAUCGAUGUUUCGUUCAUGUGGAUCAUGAGGUUGAACAUAAACCAGAGCAUCGAAAGAGAGUGUGA